UUCGUAUCCGUACGAACUGUGUUCCGAAGCAUCAUCGAUUCACAAUGCCACCAAAAACCAGCGGAAAGGCAGUGAAGAAGGCUGGCAAGGCUCAGAAGAAUAUCAGCAAGACUGAUAAGAAGAAGAAGCGCAGGAGGAAGGAGAGCUACGCGAUCUACAUCUACAAAGUCCUGAAACAAGUACAUCCCGAUACUGGUAUCUCCAGUAAAGCGAUGAGCAUCAUGAACAGUUUUGUGAAUGAUGUCUUCGAACGUAUUGCUGCUGAAGCAUCCCGUUUGGCUCAUUACAACAAACGUUCCACAAUCACAUCUCGGGAGAUCCAGACCGCUGUCCGUCUACUCCUGCCUGGUGAACUCGCCAAGCACGCCGUCAGCGAAGGUACCAAAGCCGUCACCAAAUACACCAGCUCCAAGUGAAGUAAUUCACUGUACGAAC